AUGGGGAUAGGGACAUGCUCUGAGGGCUGCAGAAGGAGCACUGCCUGGCACAGUCAUGGGGCAGAGCUCCGGGAAACCAGCAGCUACAAUUCUGUAAGACUUUUCCAGACUUUUCCAGAGUCUUCCAGAGUUUUCUCUUCAAGACUUCUCUUCAAGGAAAAGAGCACUGCAGUGGUAUUGAACCUGGAAAGGGCUGUUUGCACUCAAGUCUCUGCUACCACUGCUGCCUACCUAGGGCAAAAGAGGUCACUCUGUGGGAAAUGCUCCAGUGAGGGUCUCACCAGACAGCCAGGAGGCUCUAAUGUGUUCAAUGCCAACUUGGUGACCAUUCUCCUUCUCUUGGGGUUUGAGGGACCGGAGCUGCAGACUCUCUGUGGCCUGCUCUUCCUGCUGAUGUACCUGGUGGCCCUGAUAAAUAACCCUCUCAUUGUCACUGUCCUGACCCUGGACCCACAGCCCCAAGCACUGUUCUUCCUCUUGAAGAACUUGUCCUUGCUGGAUGUCUCCCUGAUGUCUGUCCAUCCCAAGUUCAUCCUCAACAGUCUGCUUCACAACAAUUCCAUUUUUAUUCCAGGCUGUGCCUUCCAGCUCCUUUUAAUGACCUCCUUCUCAGCAAGUGAGACAUGUGUCCUCACUGUCAUGUCCUAUGACCACUAUGUGGCCAUCUGCUGUCCCCUGCACUAUGAGGCUACUGUGAAUGGCAAUGCCUUUGUGCUGAGGGCAGGAUUUUCCUGGGCAAUGGUGGCGCUCUCUGGAGCCAUGUACACUGCUGGCACAUUUUUUGGGCCCUUCUGUGGCUGCAGUGCGAUCCCAGAGUUUUUCUUCAAUGUUCCCUCCUUAUUCAUGAUUUCCUGCACUGACAUGCUCCUGGUGGUCUAUUCCAGCAUGGGGAUCAGGGUUUGUCUGAGCCCCUCCUGUUGUGUUUUCAUUGUGUUCUCUUAUGUUCACAUUCUCUCCACUGUACUGAGGAUUCCAUCCAGGAAAGGUCAGUCAAAAUCUUUCUCCACCUGCCUCCCACAUCUUGUUGUCUUCACUGUUUUUAUGAUCAGUGCAUUCAUGGUUUACCUGAGGCCACCUUCAGAUGCACCUCCAGUUAUUGGCAGGCUGCUUCCUGUGAUCUAUGUUGUGCUUCCUCCAAUCCUGAAUCCCGUCAUCUACACUCUGAGGAAUGGGGACAUGAAGCAGGGUCUGAGGAGGCUCCUGCCAGCCUUGCCUGCUCAUUGUGUGCACUUUAUCUAA